CUGAGGUACUUGAACGCAGCAUUUCCUUAAGCUAACGUUAGCUCUUCCUGCAGUGCUAUGAGUUGAGCCACACUGAAGUGCUGGGAAUGCAGCCGCCGCUCCCCCCGGAGGCCGUCAGAGAGCUGGUGCGCUCCUGUCUGCACAGAGACCCCGUCGCAGCAGACCUCCGCUGCAGCCUGUUUGUUGCCGCUGCACAGAACUACAAGAGAGACUCUUUGCUCAGACCGUUCCCCCCGAGAUACAUAAGUAGUGACAAUAAGGACUUUGAGGAGCUGUUGGCAGAUGUGCAGUCUUUGCCUGGUGUGAGAGAGUUGGUGAGACUACGACCCAGAGAGGGAGAUCAUCAUCUGGCUCUGACACACUGGAUCCUCUCCUCAAAGAGCUUUGCUGUAAAGACCCUGCAAAAAGACGAGUAUGCCAAACUGUGUGACCUCACACAAAAUGAAGGAACUUCUGGGCCAGUGCCUGACUUCCUGUUUGAGCUGGAGUACUGUGAUCAGAUGAACGCUAGGUUUGAGAAGAUGAGGGAGGGCAGAGACCUCUUCUAUGCAUUCCACGGGAGUCGUCUGGAAAACUUUCACUCUAUCAUUCACAAUGGGCUACACUGUCACCUCAACAAGAACUCGGUGUUUGGCGAGGGGACCUACCUCACCAGUGACCUCAGCAUGGCCGUCCUCUACAGUCCACACAGCAGCGGCUGGGGAGAGAGUCUGCUGGGCCCGCUGCUCAGCUGUGUCGCUUUGUGUGAAGUCAUUGAUCACCCAGAUGUUAAGUGCCAAGUGAAGAAAAAAGAUUCUGAAAUCAUCGACCGCCAGCGCUCAAGAGCGAAGAACAGCGAAGGAGGGGACGUACCGCAGAAGUACUUUGUGGUCACCAACAACCAGCUUCUGCGAGUCAAGUACCUGCUAGUUUACUCUCAGAGGAGACACCUGUCCAGGCGUUCCCGCAGCACCUCCUGGCUCCUCAGACAUCAUUUUGCCAUCAUGAUGAGUCUCUACAUCCUGCUGCUCAUAUUCAUCGGUGCCUUUAACUCCACCACCUUCAUUUCCUUUUGGAGCCGACUGUUCAGGUGACAAGACAACCGACAGAAGUGCCUUCCCGUCACAGACUGACUGGAGGCCUGAGCAAAGAUAACGUUUUAUGCACCUUUAUACUGUUUUCUCUCUACAAUCAUUCUCUCCAUUGUUCACAAAACCAUAAUAACUGUAUGCCCAUGAUCUUUUCAGUGUAGCUGUUGGGAUCACAUUAUGUUUGAAUCGAAUUGAAACAGGGAAUCAAAACCAUUCUGCAUUUUGAAAAUGUUAUGCAAUUUUCAUCUGUAAUUUGAUUGUUUUCAUAGCAGAAAUGUUGCUGUGUGGUUUUAGUCUUACUAACCAAAAAAAACAUAUUGUUUAAAUAACUGCACAGCAAAGAGCCAAGCGCUAACAUCUCGUUUUGAUUGAUUAAGUCUUAAGUAAACCUACUGAGAGUUAUUAGCACAUUUACUGAUUGCAUUGACUCAUCGGUGUCUGGGAUCCGAUGAUACGGCACUAAUAACAAUGUCCACAUUUUCUCUUUUAAUCUUAUGAUUUUGUAUUGCUCAGUUAUGGGUAGGGACCUUUUUAAUUUUUCAUGAUUUAAGUCUAAUUUUAAGGUAUUAAAUAGAACGGUUAGGUUUAUUAAAGCUAUAUGUGACAGCUAUUGUAGUUGUGCUGACAUGCUGUAUUUAUACUGACGGAUCACAGAAAGGCCACCUAAAGCCUCAUUUAUAAAAUCUUCAGAUAUUCUUCUAUAUCUUUAUAAUAGUGAAGAAGGUAAACUGUAUAUCGGCUUAUAGCCUAAAUGUUCUGAAAUUUUGUUACGAUUUUGGACACUAAUAAAGCUAUACUUUUGAUGAAAGUUU